GGGACCCCCUUCGCAGACAGGAAGUUGCCUUUGUUGACUCGUCAAGGAAAAAGCAAGAUGGCUAACCUGGACGUGGAGGAUUUUAUUCAGCAAAACAGAGCUUUGGCGGACCAGGUAGAAACAUUUCGAGGUUACUGGGAGAGUGAAAAACACUGGCAGGCCAGGAGGGAGUUCAUCCUACGGAACAUAAGCGACUUUGAGGACCCGCAUCUGGACCACCUGAUCUCCCUGUCCAUGGUCUGGGCUAACAACGUCUUCCUCGGCUGUCGGUAUAGCACAGAGCUCCUGGAUAAAGUGAAGGAAAUGGCUGAAGGCGUCGUGGUGGAGGACGCACCGGUCUUCAAGACAAGAGAUGAGAUUAUGAAGAAGCAACAGGGUCGAUGACCGGCUCAGUCGCAUCAUCCCUUCUGGUCGUGUCGGAUCAAGCUUGAAGACUGAUGGGACUCAGCUGUUAUGUACAUGUAUACAGGCUGUGCUUUUAACAAGUCUGGCCACGUUUCACAUGGUGUUACAAUCCUACACUGUUUAUGAACAGUGUAGGAUUGUAACACCGUGAUGGUUAUUCUGCUUUUAAUUGUAUAGACACAACAAGAAUGUUUUUGACAGUGUGGGAGCUUCACUGUUCAUCCAUUUUACACUUUUUUUAAAAAAGCGUAUUCAUUGUUUUUGGUAUUUUUUUUAAAUAAAUUUUAGAUGAAAGAUGACACAUAAUCUUGUCAUUAUGUGUUUAGCACAAUAAAUAACUUCCUUUCUUCUCA